AUGGAGCUGAGACGGGAAAGUUUGCAUCAUUUAUGUUCAGGUUGGCCACAUGGACCCCGAGUUUCUUCUGAUCUCCGAGUUGACAAACCUUGGGGCAAAGUGUUCACGAAGGACGAAAUUAUUGAGGCGAUCAACAAACACCAACCAGAUACUGUUUGGAUUUGCUACGCUGAAACAUCAACUGGAACGCGACAGCCAUUAGAAGGAAUUGGUGCAGCAUGUCGUGCCCUGGACAAAGAAUGUUUGCUUCUGGUGGAUACUGUGACCGCAAUCGGUGGAGUUGAAUGCAAGGUGGACGAGUGGCUAUUCGACGCAUGCUACGCUGAGGACAAAGCUCCACGCGUCUAUCACCAUACAGCUCCGAUUUCGAUGAUUUAUGCGCUGAGAGAAGCGCUGACGUUGAUUGCAGAAGAAGGCUUAGAAAAGGUCUGGGAGAGACACACGAACACAGCGGAGUAUUUUUGGAAAUUGGUGGAAGAUUUGGGUCUUGAAAUGUUAGUUACAAAUAAGAAUGAGAGACUUCCGUCACUUCAUACAAUCCGAAUUCCUCCAAACGUCGACGGCGGCGCUGUUAUCAAAUAUUGCCGUGAGAAGUUUCGUAUUGAGGUUGGAAGCGGGCUCGGCGAAUUGAGCGGCAAGGUUUUUCGUGUGGGAUUGAUGGGAUACAAUAGUCGACCAGAAGUCGCUUUACAAGUUGUUGCCGCAUUGAAGGAAGCUAUGGAAGUUCAAGGAUGGAAGAAAUUGAACUAG